AUAUGGCCUUAGGUUGUUGAGCACACACAUAUGAUAUGAUACAACAACUUAACUUGAAAUAUUGUGUGGUUGGAGUGAUGAUGAUGAAUGGCGUAGUUUAUGCGGUGUUGAUGGUGCAACUACUUGCAUGGACGAGCAGUGCAGUGGAGGUGCCAAGCGUGAAGUGCAUUGAGAGUGAAAGGCAAGCUCUGCUUUCUCUCAAACGUGUCUUCAAUGCCACGGAUGCUGAUUGGCUGUCUUCAUGGGGAGAUGGGGAGCAGCAGAAGGAGUGUUGCAACUGGGAAGGCAUCAAGUGCAGCAACCAGACAGGCCAUGUUAUCAUGCUUGAUAUUCAUCAUCAUGUCGAUCCCCCUGAAUUGGAUGAACUGAAAGUUGGCUACAUAAGCCCAUCACUGGGUGAGUUACAUCAUUUGAAGUAUUUGGACCUUAGUGGUCUCUUUACUCUCACCCCAUCCAUCCCUCCUUUCAUUGCCUCUUUAACCUUUUUGACACAUCUCAAUCUCUCUCAUUGUUUCUUCGAUGGAAACAUACCCCCUCAACUGGGAAAUCUACUCUUUCUCGAGUAUCUUGAUCUAGGAGGGAAUCAUUUUUCGCAACAAAUCCCUUCUCAGUUCUCAAAUCUCUCCCAUUUAUUGUACCUUGAUCUUAGUUCCAAUAAUUUGGUUGGAGGAUUCCCUCUUCAACUCACAAAUAUGUCAUCCUUGACAUAUUUGGAUCUUAGUCUUAAUAACUUCAAUGGAACACUGCCUCCUCAGCUUGGAAAUCUCUUAUCCUUGGAACAUCUUGAUCUCAGUGACAAUGCAUUCACCGGAACAAUGCCUCCUCAGCUUGGAAAUCUCUUAUCCUUGGAACAUCUUGAUCUAAGUGACAAUGCAUUCACCGGAACCAUUCUUAGUCAAUUCAAAAACCUUUCUCGUUUACAGUAUCUUGAUCUCCAUCCUUCUUAUUAUAUUUGGGACAAAACCAUGUCAUUAAGUUCUGAUUUACAGUGGCUAUCUGAACUUUCAACCAUGAGGUAUCUUUCACUUGCUAGGGUGAAUCUAAGUGGUGCCAGCAAUUGGCAACAAGUGAGUAGCCUUUCUCAUCUUCAAUAUUUAGACUUGAAUGGUUGCAAUCUUGUUGAUUCCGUGUCCACUGCAUCACUUGCAUUCCCUGCUAAUUUCUCCACUUCUUUGUCUUUCGUGGAUAUCUCUUACAACUCUUUAAGGGAUGCAUCCUUCAUAUUUCCAUGGUUAAUGAAUUCCAGUAGUAGUCUUGUUACUCUGAGAAUGAAUGAUAAUGGUUUAACAGGAACCAUACCAGAAACAUUCGGGGACAAAUUGAGCUCCCUUGAGGAGUUAAAUCUUGCAAAUAAUGAGCUCAAAGGCCAAAUACCUCUAUCCUUGUUUCAUAGUUGUAAUUUGGCAUACCUUGACCUAUCCAAGAACAACUUGACAGGGGAGUUCAAUGAAUAUAUUCGAGAGUAUUCUCGUUGUGCUCAUAAACCCUUACAAGUCUUGGAUUUGGGAUGGAAUGCAAUUACAGGGGUGGUGCCUGACAUCUCACAUCUUUCAUCUUUGCAAGAGUUACGACUUGAUAACAAUAGAUUAAAUGGAACCAUACAUGAAGGUAUUGGACAACUAUCCAUCUUAAUUGAGUUAAGCCUUGCAAAUAACUUAUUGCAUGGUUUGAUAUCUGAAGCUCACUUUUCAGGACUUUCCAAUCUUGGCUCUUUGGAUUUGUCUCAUAAUGCAUUAGUUUUUAAUGUUAGCGAGGAGUGGGUUCCCCCUUUCAGUUUAAGUGUCCUUUAUUUGGCCUAUUGCAAGUUGGGGCCUAACUUUCCAGCAUGGCUUCAUACCCAAACGAUGAUUGAGCAUUUGGAUAUUUCCUAUACUGGAAUUUCUAGCACUGUUCCUAAUUGGUUUUGGGAACCCCUUCCUCAGAUGUGGAAUUUGAAUAUUUCUCACAACAGUUUUCGAGGAAAAAUUGAAGGCUCAAUUCUACCAGCUAUUGUUUCUAACCAACUUCUUUCAAUUGAUUUGAGCUUCAAUUUAUUUGAAGGUCCAAUUCCAGCAUUCCUUUCAAAUGCUUCACAACUUCUUUUGUCCAAUAACAGAUUUUUAACUGCAAAUCCUCUUUUAUGUGCAAAUUCUUCCAAAUACACAAGAUUUAUGGAUUUGUCAAACAACAACCUUAGAGGAGAACUUUCGGAUUGUUGGAAGGGUUUUGAGUCGUUGGUCGUCCUAGAUUUAUCCAAUAAUCAGUUGUAUGGAAAUAUGCCAAAAUCUCUGGGGUCUUUAAGAAAUAUCCAGUCAAUACACUUUGAAGGCAAUAAUUUUUCAGGAGAGAUACCAUCAUCCUUGCAUAAUUGCACACAACUACAAGUUUUUGAUGUUGCAGGUAAUAAGUUGUCAGGAACAAUACCAACCUGGAUUGGAGAUAAUAUUUCAAAGCUACUUGUACUUAGCUUGCAUUCCAACAAUUUUCAUGGUAACAUUCCAUUAAGCAUGUGCAAUCUUCAUGAACUCCAUGUCUUGGACCUCUCUAAAAAUAUUCUCUCUGGCAAUAUACCUAAAUGCAUAAGUAAUCUUUCUGCUAUGGCCACUCCAGCAAAUUCAAAUGCAACCAUUACCGAUGACUAUCAUUAUAAUUUUACCAUCGGAAUUUAUAAUGAUAGCACAUCACUCAUAUGGAAAGGGAAAAUGUCAAAAUAUGGAAGCACCUUGGGAUUGUUGAGAAGUAUUGAUUUCUCCAGCAACAAGUUAACAGGGAAAAUACCAAGUGAGAUGAUGAGUCUUAUUGGCUUGGUUUCUUUAAAUCUUUCAAGAAACUUGUUCAGUGGAGAAAUUCCUUCAACUAUUGGACAGCUGAAGUCAAUAGAUUUUCUUGAUCUAUCCAGAAAUCAUUUGUCAGGAACAAUUCCUUCACAGCUUGCUCAGAUUGACCGUCUCAGUGUUCUUGACUUGUCAUACAAUGAUUUAUCUGGAGAAAUCCCACUUGGCACGCAACUUCAAACAAGGGAUGCUUCUGAUUAUGCAGGAAAUCCAAAACUUUGUGGUGCUCCCCUCAACAAUACUUGUCCCAUUCAUGGUCACCAGAUCAGUGAACAUGAUGCUGAUGGUGAUGAUGAUGAACAAUUUGUAAGCGAGGGGUUCUACAUUGCUAUGGCUGUUGGAUUUGUUAUGGCAUUUUGGGGAGUUUGCUUCUCAUUGAUUUUGAAGAAAUCUUGGAGAUAUGCUUAUUUCAAGUUGUUGAGUGAUGUCUGUGACAAGCUCUAUGUAUUUACAGCGAUCAAGGUGGCCAAACUGAAAAGGAUCAGAUCUCAAACAUGAAGGCAAAAGAGUAGCUUUGUUUGUGAUAGCCAGAAUCUUCAUGCAUGUGUAUCCAUUUGGAAGAAGAGGAGAUGCAGUUAAUAUAAUAAGUGUUAUGUUUGCAUAUUCUUAUUCUAGCCCUUUUUUUAGGUUUUCUGCUGUAGCUACAGCCUGCAGGGUGGAAGUGUGAUUCACCUAUAUAUAUUGCAUAGUGUUUGUUUUGUUAUGUUGGUGUGAUUGUGAAACUUGGCCUUGUUUUAUUGCUGUAAUUUAUUUUCAGGGACGAUAUAAAGUAUUAGUUAUUGUGGACUUGUGGUAGUUCUGUUUUUGUUCAGUUCAUGCUUACCAUUUUCGUAUAAAAUUAAUAUUUUCUUCUUUCAAAGAAAAAGAAAGUAGAAAAGCUUUCAAAAAGCAUUGGUUUCCUCUAACAUUUCAAGAAACACAAUGAGAGGAGAUAAAUUUUAACAAUAGGACAAUUGAAGUUGAUAAAUUUUCUUGAUUUAUUUGAAAAACUCUUUUUUUUGGAAGGAAUAUUCACAACUUCUCAUCAUUUUUAUGUUUAAUUUUGCAAUCCCGCUACGUUACCAACAAUAUUUCUGUCAACUUCUACUAAUUCUUAUUUAUAAUGGUAUUUAAUGAAAGUAUCUUUAUGGAUGUGUCUAAUAAAAAUAGCUUUUCCGUUUUUUUUAUAGCUGUGUCUAAUGGAAGUGUCUUUAUAAAUGUAUUUUUUGGAUAUGUCUCUUUAUACAUGUGUUUAAAAUAUAAUAAUUAAUUAUUGUUGGCAAUAAAUUAGCAGAUAUUAUAUUGAUACCUUAU